AAAAAGACACAUCUCAUCUUACACUGUCAAAUUCACUAGGAAACCCCAGCAACCAAAGUGUUUCAGGCUUUAUUUUAAAGGCAAGUGAGACCACUUCAAAUCAAACAGUUUAACACUUCCAAGAAACAGCUAAGAGAAGGCAGAGAUGAGCAGACAUCCUUUGGCUGACACGCACACAGUUGCCAUGGACCUAUGUAAGCAUUGGGAGACCACAGCAGCCGACUGGCAUAAGGAAAAGAUGGAGUUACUGAACCAGUUUGACAAUGAAAGAAAAGAAUGGGAGAGUCAGUGGAAGAUCAUGCAGAAGAAGAUUGAAGAGCUUUGCCAGGAAGUAAAGCUGAGGAGGAAAAUGAACAUGAAUGAACAUUCUAAGGUCAUUGAUCUUCGCCAUGAUCCAGAUAAAACGGAGUUUCCUCCGGAUCACCUCAACUCAGGACAAUGUGAAUUCAGAGUGCUGAAUGACCAAGAUGAUCCAGAAAAGGAAAAGAAAACAGACAACGAUUUCCUUGGGGAAGAAAGUCAAGUGUCUCCAGAACAAAAUACACACAGAGAAAUCAAAGUGGGGUUUCAGGAUCCUUUGGCCACAGACAGGAAGGCACUUGAGCCCUGGGCUGGGGAGAAGACUUCUAAGGAGACGAUAGAGUGUUCUGUUGCCCUUAACACAGCUCUUGAAGAACUUGCAAAAGUUAGUGAAGAAUUGUGUACCUUUCAAGAGGAAAUCCGAAAGCGUUCUAACCACAGAAGGAUGAAAUCAGAUCAUGUUCUCCAGGCAAUGCCAAAUACAAUCCAUGUGCCUCAUGAGGACCACUUGAUCAGUAAUGGCCAGGGCAUUCUUCCAACCAAUUUGGAGAAAGAGAAGCAGAAAAAGAAUCUGAGCUGUACCAAUGGACUCCAAAACAAUUCUAUGCACAGCUGUGGAAUGAGUACAACUGGUUUACAAAGAAGUGAAACACCACCAACUCCCCCUCCAAGAAGUACCUCUCGAAAUCUCCCCAGCUCAUAUUCUGAACAAGCUCAGGAAAGAUUGAAGGAAAGUUUAUACCACAUGUGGGAGGCCCAUGAGAGUCAAGACAAAACAAAUAGCAAUCCUCAUUUCCUCUUGAAGCAGGCCUCAUUGUCUCCACAAGAAGGCAAGAGUUUGAAAGAUAGUACCAUGUUUUCCUCUUGGACACCAGAAGUCAAAAUAGAUAGAAAGCCUCCAGGUAACAAAGACAUUCGACUUAAUUUGUGGUCAUGUGACACUGUAUUAGGUACAAAAAAGAGCCCUUCCAGGCCAUCUCAAAAAACUAGUUUUACCUCCAGUGGAACAAAAUUUGAAAAGGUGAUUCCAGAUAACUCUACAAAAUUUCAUCUUGAUCUUCAUGUGAAAACUGACUUUGUUCCCUCAGUGACACAGAGGGACCCAGUUAGAAAUUACAACUGCAAUUUUGACCCAACUCCAAGGAAUGAAAAGCUGGCUGCAAAGAUUGAUGAGUUUAACAGAACUGUUUUUAGAACAGACAGAAGUUGUCAAGCAAUACAGCAAAGUGAAAGCUAUACAAAAUCACCUGACAAUCUCAAUCUCAAUACCUGUGAUAUCUCCACUACUCACAGAGCUGACAUAUCAGAAAGUGACAGAGGGACCAAUGUUCUGAAAGCUAGUGACGAUGUUCCUGUGCCCAUGGAAAAUAUGUUCAGUGAUCCCACAAAUGUAUCCUCAGCAGGCCUGGUCAAACAAAUGCAGACACAUGAGAGUCCUAGUAGCUAUCAGCUUAUGUUCCACGAGCAUGAUUGGCGACCAAGCAGUUUUUCUAGCCGGCCAAAGUCAGCUGACCCCAGAUCAAAUUACGGUGUUGUGGAAAAGCUGCUGAAAACCUAUGAGACAGAGACAAGGUCUGCACUGCAAAACUCAAAAUGUUUCAGGGAUAACUGGACCAAAUGUAGUUCUGAUGUAAGUGGUUGCAUCAUACUGAGUCAGUGUUUAGAAUGCGUCAAAUGGAAAUUUGCUCUAGAUGGGAAUCAGCAAGUGGAUCAAGGAGUAGAUUCAAAUAAGAUUGCAGAGUUGAGACAGCAAGGACUACCAGUGAAACCUUCCAAUGGAAAAGGAUUUUCCCGACCUGCUAGACCAGCAAAUCGCCGGCUCCCAUCCAGAUGGGCAUCCAGAUCACCAUCUGCACCCCCAGCCUUGCGGAGCACUGCCCACAGCUAUAAAGUCUCUCUGCAAACAGAAGCCCAGAUGCUCUAG